UUGCAGUUUUUCUUCCUUUCCUAGCAUAAUAAUUUCAAUAAUAGUGUACGAAUUAACAACCGAGCCGUUCGGAAUCGCGACCCGCAAGUGCCCAAAGUGUUCUUCCCGGUGACGACAGUGAUAAAGUGUUGGCCAUGCGCCCGGGAAAGCCGGAGUUCGGUGCGAAAAAGUGAAUAAUUAUGGCAUUUCGUUAAAACAUUCACACGGCGGAUCUCGCAUAGAGGAAAAAAGUAGUGCGGCUUCUUUUUUUUUUUGGCCCAGCCAGUGUGUGCUGUGAAUGGUCUUGCCGUUUUCUUCUUCCUUCUCUACCCCGUUCAUCGAAUGCUGUUGCUGUUGUUGUUAGUGGUGGAUUGGUGGAUGGUGGAAUUUAUGCUGCCGAACAACGCACACCCACACACAGACACUCGGUCGAGAGCAUAACAAUUUUAUUUUUCGGGGGAGGCUGGAUAAUCCGGAUUACUGCCGCUGCUGCUCGGUUCAACGGAACCCGAGGCAAUACAAAUGGCAUAGCCAGUGUGUACUGUUUUAAUCCGGGCGCAGUGAAACUACCGAAUAAGGAAUAUGAAAACAGAACAGAACACUGUCUCGGCUGGCAUUAUGGGGAGUAAACAUUAUUUUCUCUGAGGUGAUUUGACUCUGUGGAGGGAAUUUGGAUUCAAUGAAAGUUUUCAAGAACAUGGUCUUCCGUGCACUAACCGAUUCUACCUACUCGAACGCGACGCAUAAAAAAAACAAAGCUUUACGCGUAAUCACACAUGUAUCUUCUCUUUGAUCGGUGCUGAAAAUCAAACCGGAACACACCGAACCAAUCGGCUCAAAACAAUUUUCAAUAUUCGGUUAAUCGGCCCAUUUUAUUUGCCUCCGAUUCAUUACCUUAUACCGGGAUACGGAAUCUUCUGAAAACCGCGCAACCAACCGUCGAUAAUUCGAAUACCCGAGAAAAGAGUUCGACAACGCGCCGUGCGGCAUCCUAUAUAGUGGAGAGAAUAAACAGGUUUUAAUCGCGUGAGAGAAGCGCGCACGGGACAAAAGUGAAGAAACCGCACAGCUGAAGAUUGUCGGCGACUACGCACGGCAAAAAUCAAAAUACGUAUAGGGGAAAAAAUAUAAAAACGACUGACCGACCGAUCGACCGGCCGAUCGAGAAAAGAAUAAGUCAAGUUUUACACUUAAAAAUUGCCGACGAUCAAGCGAGCUAGCGCGAGUCCAGAGCCCGGACGGGAGAAUUGUAAUCCCAUGAUGCCAUCCACCAUGCUAGUGAGCCGCUAAGUGAGGCGAAGAGAUAGUGUAGCAACGUGGUGGCGUCGCUCGUGCCGUACCCCUUUAAUUUCGUUCCGGGGGGAUCUGUAUGUCUAUCCGAUCAACACGCGCAUUCUCCCCAGCUGAAAGUCGGCUAUUGAAGCGCGCUGUUCAUAAUCGAUCGCGCCAAUGUGAGUGGGAUGAAGUGAGGGCGAAGAGCAGCUAAUUAUUUUAUUAUAGUGAUCCUUUUCGACUUCAUUGCGGAUCCGCACCGGUGCUUAUUGAUGGGUCUGUUUUGCUAUGUUUCUGUGAGUGCCAGCCAGCGCAUGUUGAAAGAAAGAGAAGAUUGUGAAUAUGUUGAGAGCAAUCAUGGUUGGGAAAAAAUGGUGAGCUCUGGGUGUAAUAAAAUUAUGUUUAGCCUCAAUGCUGCCGGUGCAGAAUAGAAAAGUUAUAUGGUUAUGGUACAGCCGAAAAUGUUAUACAGUUAUGACUCUGAGUUAGUCAAAUAAUAUUCUUCAACAAGCAAAGCGAUAGCGGAAGAAUUUCGGAUAACUACCUGCAGGAAGGCGACAGGUCUGGAUAAGAAACUGGACUAACUGAAAUGAUCCAAGACUGAACGUAAAGAUCAACAUCAGCUGGGCAUCAUCAUCGCUGUAAAAAGGAGCCCCUAAACGAUCGCAAAAACCGCAGACGCCGCACUACAUUUAUCUAAUUAGCAACGUAACAGCUUUCCAUACGCAUCAUAACUUAAAAACAGCUGGCAGCAUGUGCCGCCAACCGCAAGUAACGAGAAGCCUCCGGACGUUGAUCAAUUUUUCAGCAACCGAACGACGAGAAUAAUAAUUGUACAGUAAAUACUGGAACUCAACCAAAGGACGCGCACCUUUCUGGUCUUCCUUGUUGGUUUUUAAGUUUAACCAAACACUAUCGAAAGCGAUAGUUAACACUGACUGGCUGACUGACUGACUGACCGUUGAUAGAAGAGGGUAUAUGAAGUAAGUUUUUAUACCCCUAUCAGCUAUCAGCUUUGCAUCGAUGAGUCAAACUCCGGUACACAAAUUUGAUGACCUUACCUGCAGUGGACCUAGACCGCCAGUGCCAGGAGAGGAGAGUCGUCGAAAGAUGACCGAUACUCUGCAACCGGAUAAGUCCCGGGAGUCGCCGCCGGGCUACUACCGCUGGGCUGACAAACUUCAGAAUCUGCUGGACGAUGGCGACGGAGCGGAACUUUUCAAGCGGUUUGUGGAGCUCGAAGGUGAAGAGCACGCAAACCGGCUCAAUUUCUACUUCGCUUGCGAGGGCCUCAAACAGCAAACGGAUCCCGAAAGGGUGAUGCAGCUCAUUAAAGCUAUCUAUAGGAAAUUUUUAAAACGAGCUCCCAAGGAUUCGAGAUUGUACGUGGACGACCAGAUGCGGAAUAUGAUCAAGGCGGGCCUCAAGAAUGAGAUGAUCCUAACGCCGGACAUCUUCGACCAGAUGCAGGCGGACGUGGCUACCAUCAUCAGUAAGACUACCUACCCGAAUUUCCUGCAAAGUGAGUUGUACAUACAGUACGUGCAGAAUAUGCAAUCGAAUGGAAGCGGAAGCGGCAGCGGGGGUGCCAGCUGUGUCAGCAUUCCGACAAUUGGAGCCGGUCCGUCUUCCUCCGGUGGUGCAAUAUCUUCAAUGACCAGCAGCAGCUCUGCCUCGGAGCUGAUCUCACAUAGUUCCUCCGCCUUGCCAACGUUACACGAAGACUCAGAACUGGCCCACGCUGACUCGAUCGAGCAGCUGUACGGCGCCACCGGACCGGUAGUGGUCGGUCCCGGGAGUAGCAUUUCCGUCACCUCCGGAGUCAGCGGAAGUGGCAGCAAUAGUAGUAUCAACAUGCCUUCCAACAAAACAGCAAUGACGCUUACCAAGGAUGCUCUUAUGGCCACGCAGAAAAGGCGACUGGAAAUGAGGCCACCAGGAGCGCACGGGUACUCUGUAUACAACAACUAUUCGUCCUACAAUCCGGUUUCGCGCCGAGAUUCGGAACUGGCCAGUCUUAGUUCGGGAAGGACCGAUUCCGAUACGAUGUCCCUCUCGAGUAUAUCCACCGAUGGUCGACCUCAUACGCAGCGGAGGUCACACCAUUCUCGGCACCACACCUCGAUCGAACGAAGACUGAUGAAUGAGAAUGCGCUUGCAAACGAGGAACCGAAUUCGUUCGCUAUUAUCCCGCGCACCCACCGGCAUUUCGAGAAACCAAUGCCCCAGGAAGAGUUCGUGUCCAUACUGGUGAGCAAGCUACAGGUAGUCAAACAACAUCGGGACAACGAAGCACUGCUGAAUGAGAAGUUGCAGAAAGCCGAGCAAUCAGACAAGUCCCAGAGUGGUAAAUUUCUUGCCGACGCUAUCCGUCAAAAGUUACAGGUCGAAGACGACAACGAUCAGGCCAUCCUGGAUCAGCACGUUUCACGGGUUUGGUCGGAUCUUACACCGAGUAGAUCGCCCGGUACGAUGUCCCCUUGUCCGAAUAUCAACCGAACCAGGAGACACGAAUCCGGUGGUUUCAAUAGCUCUACGAUAAGUGCACAAUCUUCGAUGCGACAUUCGAAAUCGAUGCCGGACGGUCACCCGCUGAACAUGAUGGGUCCUCCGGCGCAACCGCCGCCCCGUAAACUCAACAACAAGUGGCCUUCUAUCAACACCGACAGUGGGAUCAGUCUGUUUUCGACCGAUACGCUCACCAAGUACAGCAGCAAAGAUACUCAAAGUUUGAGUACCACCAGCUCCCGUCCCUUGUCCCGAACGAUGCACGUCGAUAUGGGUGCAAUGAGCACAGCUACCCUACUGCAGGAUACCUCCCGUCGGCUGGAGGAUGAAACGAGAAGAUCGAAACGCCACCCUCACCCGCUGCCAGUGAGUUCGAUACAGAACAUGCCGCUGCCUCCACCGCCAUUGCCACCGCCAGCUGCCUCGCUGCCCGUUGUUCCUCCGCCAAUACCUGCCAAGCCGCCGCAGAGCGUUACCGGUGGCGAUUUCACUGUCGUCGUGUACUCGUUCUGUGACGAGGAGGUCCCAUACCGGAUAAAGAUCCCCGGAAGUCAUCCGCCCACGUUAAAGCAAUUCAAGGAUUACCUGCCGAAGAAGGGUAACUACAGAUUCUUCUUUAAAACCCGCUGUGACGACAUGGACAGCCCCGUUAUCCAGGAGGAGAUCAACAACGACAACGAGAUGCUGCCAUUGUUCGAGGGGAAAGUUAUGGGUACCGUAAAACCGUCAGAGUAGGCGGACGGAUAAAGCCGCCCCCCUUGCUCGAAGGUGUUUGUCCUCUAGACUCGAGACUAGUCCUCUUCUUUGUUUUUCUCUGUACAAAGAUAUAUUCUCGGAUUUACGAACACUUCAGCGAACCAGUUCAUUCGAAAGCCAACGCACAUCACGAACGACGUACAGGUAAGCGGGACAGGGAGCAACCUACCGUGUUCCGCGAAAAAGCCUUUUAUUUUAUACAAACGUGACACAUUUUUCCAUAUCCCGUAUCAAGUAUUGAUAACUGGGCCAAGUGCCAGAAAAGCAAAGCUUUUCAAAUUGAUUUUUGAUCAAAAUUAGAAACUUAAUGUUUAUUAGUUUAUUUUUUUAACAUUCAAAAGAGUUUAUUUCAAAAAUCACAAUAACGAUGCUUUAUUUCUGUAACCUCCAAUCAAAAGUCUUCUGUGGCAUCGCCAGUUUAAAAUUUAUAAUAUGUAGUUUUUAUUUGGAUUCGGUUUAACUUUCUUUUAAAAAUAGUCGCGUUGGACGUAACAGUGCCUUGUGUAUGAUGAGAAGAAAGACGAAAAAUUACAAAAACAGAGUAUAGGAAUAAAACGAGACAAAACGAGAAUCAAUAAGUGGUUGAAAAAAGUGUUCAAUGUGUAACAACAAAUGCUAACAUUAGACACAAAUCAUCUAAGCUAGAAUGUACAGCUGCAAAUAGGUUAGCAUAGCUCUCGUGAUUUUUUGUUUUAUUUUUCUCUUUGCUAUCGACACAAAUUACGAAUCUGUGGCUUAGACGUAACCCCAAAAAGCCAUUAUAAUCGAAGGAAAACUCAUAAAAAACAAUGCAGCCAACCUUCGUUUGAGGGCUGCUAGCAAUAAAUUCAAUAACUAAUUCGAUCAUCUGAGUUGAUAAGUCUAAGUCUUAACAGUAUUUUGUCCUGUAAUUUAACUACAUUUAUUUUUAAGUUUAAGGUAAAAUACGAGCUUGAUCAUUGAAGACUCUAAUGAUUAACGUGCGGCAAUUUUUCGUGUUGCUUUUUUGUUUGCAAUAUAUUGACACUGUUCAAAUGUAGUUAUUUAUUGAGCCGGUCUCUGCUAGAAGAGUUCUUUAGCUAAACGAAAAAAAAAUCAAGUCGACUUGCUGAAGGAUGUGUGGCAAAAAUUUAAGUGCUUAGACAAUAUAAUGAAACGAUCAAAAUGGGUUUCCGCCAAAAUUUUAACACAACUAUGGUUAAUCGGAUUGAAAUUGGACAAACUUAAAUGAGUAGCCAAAAAAAAACCAUUAGUUUAAAAUAGAAAAAAAAAAUAUUUUUUCCAAAUCAACGUUACACGUUUUCAAACUAAAAAUUUACCUUCUAAUUAUAAAUUUUCUGACUCUGACCUAUUUUAUUUGUCGUAUGUCGUUUUCAGUUUGAAAAAAUACCAAUAUGAUAGCACUCAAAUGGCUGUACUUAAAUUGGCCAACUCAAAUGAAAAUAUUUAAGUUAAAGCAACGUUUUUAAUGUGUAGGGCGAAAAGGAGCCCAAACAAGACCUCCACCAACGCUCUUACCAAAAUGCGUUGCACUGUUUGGCUGAAACUAAUUUUGAAGCGGAAACGACAACAAUUACAACAACAGGGUUUGCAAUUCAAUGAACAAUUAUCCAAAGCUAACAAUCGAGAGGACACAAAAACUCCGCCAAAGGUCCCAAUUUUUUUGGAAACCCUUAAAGACAGAUCCAAUAUAUUUAUCCUUUAACACAAAAUCGUUUUAUCAGAACAUCAAAAACGCGUCGAAACCCAGUCGCAGAGAACUGAACAGCCCACGAAGAAAGAAAUACGAUAUAUUUAGAAGCGUAUAUAUACUACACAGUAAAAUAUAGACGAAUAAAAAAAUCAAGCAAUGUGUAAUUUUGACAAA